UAAAGAAAUAAUUCUCUCUCAAUAAUUAUUCUUUUUUUCAAACAAACAAACAAACGCCAUUUCUGUAACAAAAAAAAAGGAGACGUUUUCUGGUUUCCGAUGUUAGACUUGCAGCCGUCCGAUCGUCGUCCCGGAGCGCCGAGUUCUAGCGGUGGAGAUGAGCUGAUCAGAACGUAUAAGGGUUGGAAAGGCAAUAACGUGUUCUUCUUUGGAGGAAGGCUCGUGUUUGGACCAGAUGCUCGAUCUAUACUCAUCACCAUCUUCUUGAUCACAGCUCCCGUCACUAUCUUCUGUGUUUUCGUCGGCCGUAAAUUCAUCGACGACUUCCCUCACCACAGAGGAGUCUCAGUAUUAGCCGUCGCCGUUGGUCUCAACUUAUUAGCUCUAAUAUUUCUUCUUGUAACCUCGGGGAGAGACCCUGGAAUCAUACCGCGUAAUCUCUAUCCACCCGAGCCAGAGGGCUUCGAAAGUAGUGGAGAACCGCGUCUUACUCAUACUCCUACGCAGUCCCGGUUGCCUCGGACAAAAGACAUGACUGUGAAUGGCAUCACUGUGAAGAUCAAAUACUGCGACACGUGCAUGCUUUACAGACCUCCACGCGCUUCCCAUUGCUCCAUAUGCAACAACUGCGUUGAUAAAUUUGAUCACCACUGUCCUUGGCUUGGUCAAUGCAUUGGAUUGAGAAACUACAGGUUCUACUUCAUGUUUAUAUUAUGCUCGGCUCUUCUCUGCAUUUAUGUCCAUGUGUUUUGCUGGAUACACGUCAAACGCAUAAUGGAUGGUGAGAAGAUAAGCAUCUGGAAGUCGCUUAUCAAGACACCUGCCUCCAUCGCGCUGAUAAUCUACACUUUCAUCUGUGUCUGGUUCGUCGGUGGUCUUACCGGUUUCCACUUGUACCUCAUCAGCACCAAUCAAUCAACUUACGAGAACUUUAGGUAUCGGUAUGAUAGACACGAGAACCCUUUCAACAAAGGGAUAAUUGGUAACUUCAUGCAAGUGUUCUGCACGAGCGUUGCUUCAUCUAAGAACAGUUUCAGAGCAAAGGUGCCAAAGGAGCCGGUGAUCCCACCGAGGAUAGUAAACGGAGCCAUGUCAAGCCCGAGCAUGCAGAAAGUUUCACAGGACAUAGAGAUGGGGAGGAAACCGGUGUGGCACGAGACGGUAGAUGAAGAGCUCGGUGACAUCAUGGACAAGGAGAUGGGAGCAUCGGUUACAUCGAGGGAUUUGAGCAGGAUGCUUCCACCUGAAGAGACCGAAGGACGAGGGAUUAUGCAUUCGAGAGAGUCUAGCAGGGGAAGGAGAGGAGGUAGCUGGGAGUUGUCAGGCCGUGUUAACAACGAAGAUUUGAGAACCAGAGAUGAUGAGUCUUCUUCAGGGAAUGAUGCUUCCAGAGAUUUACUGGUUGAGAUAUCUGAUGCAGCAACAGUUAGAAGCAGAACCGGAACUGGUGUAGGACGGUUAUAGUCUCCGGUUUACACUAUUUAAAAAAAGGUUGAAGAAGAUCAAACAAGAUUGUGAUUCAUUCAGGUUUGUUUGUUUACCUCAUUGUAACAAGUUUGUGUAAAGUAAAUGUUUUAAUUUGAUAAAAAAAAAAGCUCUUAAAAAGACCAAA